AUGCAGUACAUUAUGGAAGAGAUUAUGGAGGAAAAUAAUUUGGCAGAGGUAUUAGAUGCCGAAGUAGUUUAUGAAGAAGAAGAAGUUUAUGAAGAUCAUGAGAAUUGCUUGGAGGAGCUAGAACAAGCACCUCCUUGGAUAGAUGAUGAAGCCAUCCAUGUCAGAGAGGAGUUAGAAGAGGUGAACCUUGGAACCUCAGAGGAACCUCAGGUAACUUUUGUUAGUAAAAACCUAGAGGUUGGCUUAAAAACAAAAUUGACUGUACUCUUGCAGGAAUACAAAGAUUACUUUGCAUGGCAAUAUUCUGAUAUGCCGGAGUUAAGAAGUACAUUGGUAGAACAUCGGCUUCCUAUUAAGCCUGAGUUUCAGCCAUACCGCCAACCUCCAAGAAGAGUUUCAAAAGAAGUUGAAUUAAAGGUAAAAGAAGAAAUUGAAAAAUUGUGUAAAGCAGGCUUUAUUAGGCCUGCUAAAUAUAGUAAUUGGUUGGCAAAUGUUGUUCCAGUGGUUAAAAAGAAUGGAAAACUUCGAAUAUGCAUAGAUUUUAGAUAUUUAAAUGAAGCAACUCCUAAGGAUAUUUAUGCCAUACCAAUUGCUGACACUCUUAUUGAUGCUUCAGCUAAUCAUUCUCUUUUGUCUUUUAUGGAUUGUUUUGCUGGAUAUAACCAGAUUAUGGUGGCUAAAGAUGACAUUUCAAAAACGGCAUUUAGAUGUCAAGGAUCUAUUGGGACAUUUGAAUGGGUGGUCAUGCCGUUUGGUUUACGUAAUGCUGGUGCAACAUAUCAGAGGGCUAUGAAUGCCAUCUUCCACGACCUCUUAGGUAAAACUAUGGAGGUUUAUAUUGAUGAUGUUGUUGUAAAAUCAAAACUAGUAAAAGAUCAUUUGAAAAACCUAGAGGAAGCAUUAAGGAGGAUGAAAGUUCACUGUUUAAAACUCAAUCCUCUCAAAUGCGCCUUUGGUGUAAAAGCUGGAAUUUUUUUGGGGUUUUUGGUCCAUGAAAGAGGCAUUGAAGUGGACCAAAACAAAACCAAAGCUAUUCGAGAAGUUAAACCGCCUAGAAAUAAAACAGAACUUCAGAGGUUUCUUGGGCAGCCUCAUGUAUUGAUGCCUCCCAAAAAGGAUAUACCUCUGAGGUUGUACAUUUCAGCAGCUGAAGGUUCAAUUGGGUGUCUACUGGCCCAGAGCAACCAAUAUGGACAUGAACAGGCUAUUUAUUAUUCGAGCCGUUCGAUGACAUCUACAGAGAAGUCGGUCAAAGAUCAGGCUCUAGCAGAUUUCCUAGCCGACAAUCCAUGUAUAAACCUAGGAGAUGAAAGUAAAUUUGACUUGCCGAUUUUUAUGAAUGAACAUAGACCUUGGAUGCUUAAAUUUGAUGGGUAUAGUACAGAUAGGUCUGCUGAUGCUGGAAUCAUAAUAGUGUCACCUUCUAGAGCUAAGACCUCCUUGUCUUUUAAUCUUGACUUUGAAUGUACAAAUAAUCAAUCUGAGUAUGAGGCUUUGAUUAUUGGAUUAGAAAUUCUCCUAGAUCUAGGUGCUAAAAAGGUCAAAAUAAUUGGAGAUUAUCAAUUGGUUAUUAGACAAGUAUCUGGCGAAUAUAAAUGUAUGAGUUACACCUUAACCUCUUAUUAUGCUAUUGCUAUACAGUUAAUAGAGAGUUUUGAAGAGGUUGAAUUAGUACAUGUUCCUAGAGAGGAAAAUUGGGAGGCCGAUAAAUUAUCACAGCUAGCAUCUGGCCUACGUCUGUCGGAGGAGUUAACCCACCGACUAGUAAUGGUACAAAGAAAAACUCACCCUUCAAUUUUUAAAAGAGGAGUAGAACUAGAUAUUUUCAAUAUUGAUGAUAACUUAGUACAGGAUUGGAGGAGAGACAUUAAAAAGUACCUGGAGAAUCCUAGCAAGAAGAUGAUGUAUAAAGUAAGAGCGAGAGCUGUUAACUACGUGCUAAUAGAAGAUGUUUUAUACAGAAGAGGAUUCGACAACCUAUUGCUAAGAUGCCUUGGAGCUACAGAGGCUUUAGAGAAACAAACUCAUGAAGGAGUUUGUGGAGCACAUCAAUCUGGAGUAAAAAUGAGAUGGCUAAUUCGAAGACAUGGUUACUUCUGGCCAUCUAUCCUUAAAGAUUGCAUGACUUUUGCAAAGGGUUGUCAAUCAUGCCAAAGGUAUGGGAACAUACAAAGACUUCCAGUUGUUGUGUUGAAGUCUGUCAUCAAACCAUGGCCAUUCAGAGGUUGGGCGAUAGAUUUGAUAGGUAAAAUAUAUCCUCCAUCUUCUAAAAUUUACUGUUUCAUAAUUGAGAUGCAAGAAUUUGCCACUGAUUAUGGAAUAAAAUUAUUGACCUCUACACCUUAUUAUGCUCAGGCCAAUGGCCAAGCUGAAUCUUCUAAUAAAAUUAUCAUCAACAUAGUUCAAAAGAUGUUGGGAAGAAAAUCCAAGGGAUUUGCAUCGAAUUUUAUCAGAAGCACUCUUAGCAUAUCGCACCUCUAG